ACACAGAGCAGGGUUGACCCCGCGGCCGGGCGCUCGUCUCCGCCCGUGGGCGUUACGACGGGUGGCGGCCGUUGCCCCGGUGACGGUGGCCCCUCGGCCCGGGCUCGUCGCCGUCCGGCUGCUGCGUGGUCGGGCUCCUCCCGCAUGUGAUGGAGAAGUACCAAGUGCUGGGCCUCAUCGGGGAGGGCAGCUACGGGGUAGUGAGCAGGUGCAGGAACAAGGAGAGCGGGCAGGUCGUGGCUGUCAAAAAGUUCCUGGAGAGCGAGGACAACGCGGCAGUGAGGAAGAUCGCCGUGCGGGAGAUCAAGCUGCUGAAGCAACUCAGGCAUGAGAAUCUUGUGAACCUACUGGAAGUUUAUAAAAAGAAGAAACGGUGGUAUCUGGUGUUUGAAUUUGUGGAUCACACGGUGCUUGAUGAUCUUGAGGCAUUUCCAAAUGGACUAGACUACAGCAGGGUUCGGAAAUACUUAUUUCAGAUUUUGAGAGGAAUAGCGUUUUGUCACAGCCAUAAUAUAAUACAUCGUGAUAUUAAGCCAGAGAACAUACUGGUCUCCCAGUCAGGAGUGGUAAAACUCUGUGACUUUGGUUUUGCUCGCACACUCACAGCUUCUGGGGAAGCUUACACAGACUAUGUGGCAACUCGAUGGUACAGAGCUCCAGAGCUGCUGGUGGGAGACACGAAAUAUGGCAGGGCUGUGGAUGUGUGGGCUAUUGGCUGUCUGGUAACAGAAAUGCUCACAGGAGAGCCCCUGUUCCCUGGAGAUUCAGACAUUGACCAGCUCUACCAUAUCACCAAGUGCCUCGGUAAUUUAAUUCCAAGACACCAAGAGUUAUUCUGUAAAAAUCCCCUCUUUGCUGGCAUGAAGUUGCCUGAAGUGAAGGAGCCUGAAUCUCUGGACAGACGAUAUCCUAAGCUCUCUGCUUCAGUGCUAGAUUUAGCCAAGAAGUGUUUGCAGAUUGACCCAGACAAAAGACCAUCCUGUGCUGAACUCUUGCAGAGCGAUUUCUUUAACAAGGAUGGAUUUGCUGAAAGAUUUGCUCAGGAGCUUAAAUUAAGGAUUCACAAUGAAGCUGGAGACCAUCAAUUACAAAAAAAAUCAAAAAUCAGCAAAAGGGAUAAAGAUGAUGCUGUAGAAGAAAGAAAGAUGCUUGAUGUACAGGAUUUCAACACUGACCCAAAGAGCAGAGAUGCAAAGAUGUUCAAGGUGAAGCAUUCUAAAGCUGAUGGAGAGAAAGCAGAGCGAUCUUCUGACCUGAACUCCCUCUAUGAUAGUGCAAUCAACCCAUUUAAAAUAGGCCCUCAAACCAACCUGAAAGAUUCCAGUGGCAACUUGGACUACAUCAAGAAUGCAGGCAUCGUUAUUCCUCCCAUUAACCAGAAUGUUUCUCCCACUAUGUCUGCUAUGGUGCCUGUGCCUGCAAACUGUAACUACAGAAUUGAUGAAAAGGGUAAGAAUUACUUGAAACCAUUUUUAAAGCAAACGAAGCAUUCUCCAGCAGGCCAUUACAGUGUAAGCUUGUCUUCGGUCUCUAAUGAAAAGAAUGUCCUUCAGGCAAAUAAGAAAAAACGGGAAUUCUCCAAGACAGAUGUGCAUUUGCCAGAACUAAAUCUCCCUGAACUGAGAGGAGUGGAAGGAUGGCAUCCCAGGUAUCUCAAACAGGAAAAUAAAACAGUUUCAGAGUCCCGAGUCCCCUCCCUUGCUGCUAUUGACCUUCAUAACGCAAGUCUGGCCUCACAGCAGAAGCAAAACUUGCCUCGGUUUCUCAGCUGUCUAAGUAGACAAAAAUUGCAAGAAAGGGUUGAGAUGAUUCUUGGGAAGACCGCCUGCCCCCCUGGCAUCGUAUAGAUUAGGAAAUUAAUGGCAUCCUCUGAUGUUUGGGAUGGAGAUCUCUGGGGUGAUCCUGACGACAGUGGGUGAGAAGAUGAUCCUUUUUUCCUCACUAAUCUUCCUGAAUACGAACAGUCAAAUUCAUAGAUGUUCUGAACAGAUCAAAUAUGGUACUUAUUUAAAGGAUUUCUGUGGCAGCUGAAUAUUCAGUACUGACUUGUUUCAUCUGAACAUUAAAGAUGAUGUUGUUUAAAAAAAGAAAGAACUGUAGGACCCCAGGGUGGUCAACUAUGAUGUACUGUAAGAACUAUCUCUUGGGGUCUGUUACAUUUGACACAUUUGCAAGAGAGAUAUAGAAGAGAACCAGCUGAAACUGAAACAGAAUACUUGUGGUAAGUAUCUUUAAGUGGUGGAGAUUGUAUAAUGAUGAGUGAGAAUGAAGCAAAUGGCUAUUGGGGUCUGAGAGUUUUGUUAAACCUAAGACCUGGCCCAGCACAUACACCUCACUCCAGCCAAGUAUCUUAUUGGGCAGGGGGAACAGACUCUAUGGAGUGAAGUGAGUCCCUUGUAAUCCCCAUUAAAUCUAUACAUGAGCUCCCCUCAGCUAUAACAAAAGCUGCUUGCAUUUAAGCAAUGCAUGAAUGAGAGGUCUGUGACAUUCCAUUAUUUGCCACAGUAGAUUUCACAAUGCUUAAACCACUAAUGAGAGGAGUCCUGGCUAUCCAUAAACCCCAUGUAGCUGCAAAACAGGACGAGAGCAAAAGAGAUGCAGAACAUAAUUCAAUACAAGGUAAUGAUGCACAGAAUACCUC